AAAACAACCCGGGUGGGACGGGGCCGAAAGCUGAGCUGUGCGUUGGGAUCCUCCUGACACAGCCCAGCAGCUGCCUGCAGCCCCGGGACUGACAUUUCCAGGCACUCAGAUGAGCCAGGAUUUCGGGAGCCCUCGCGAAUCCCCCGCGAGCGCCGGUCCGGAGCGAGAUGGACGAGAGCAAACCCCUGAAGGUCCGGCUGACGUUCUCCGUCAUCCUGGUGGGCAUCUCACUGCUCUUCGCAGCCGUAGUGACUGACCACUGGGCCGUGCUCAGCCCCAGCCUGGAGAAAAACACCACCACCUGCGAGGCGGCUCAUUUCGGGCUCUGGAGACUCUGUACCAAGAGGAUUUUCAUGCAGGAGCAAGGCGCCAAGGAGAGGAUCUGUGGGCCCAUCAGCCUGCCAGGAGACCACAACUGCUCCUACUUCAAGCACUUCACGCCAGGAGAGACCUCAGAGAUAUUUGAAGUAACCACCCAGAAAGAGUACAGCAUUUCAGCUGCAGCCAUUGCCAUCUUCAGCGUUGGCUUUGCGAUCAUCGGGACGAUCUGCGUCCUCCUGUCCUUCAGGAAGAAGAGGGAUUAUCUGCUGAAGCCAGCAUCCAUGUUCUACACCUUCGCAGGUCUCUGCAUCAUCAUCUCUGUUGAAGUCAUGAGACAAUCCGUGAAGAGGAUGAUUGACAGCAAGGAGACAGCCUGGAUCAAGUACAGUUACUCCUGGUCCUUCGCCUGUGCCUGCGCCUCCUUUGUGCUGCUCUUCGUCUGCGGCAUCGCUCUCCUCCUCAUCGCGCUGCCCCGCUUCCCCCAGAACCCCUGGGAGACCUGCAUGGAUGCAGAACCAGAACACUGAUGUUCCCUGCACCCAUAAAAAAUACCCAGAAAGUGCUCUGAAAA